ACAUUGUGCUAUCCCUUUACACACACGGGUUGUCCAAAUUCAUUCCCAAUCUGUGCCUCUUCUAAGCGUAUGGUGUCAUGAUCACUAGUACCAUCGCAUCAUGUCAGUGAUGACCCACUAGAAUACUAUGAGGAAGCGCAUCAUGUGGAGAUCAUUAAUGAGAAAAGAAAUCGCUACCGAGCUACGCCACUUGGAUUAUAAUGAGGAAUAAUCACGAUGCGGUAGCCUUAUAGACAAUGUAGCUUAGAUUUGGAUUAGAGGACUUUUUUCCCCUCCUAUUUUUUUUUUUUCGGCAGCGAAUCCGAAAAAAAAAGAUGGAUUUUUUCAAAGAUGUGGGUGCCAUCCUCACCACAAUGCUGGCUACUAGGAACUUUUCCAAACGUUUCUCAAAAAGCAGUACGGAGCGGGAAAAUAAAACUAUCUGCCUUUCCAUGGCCCAAGGAAUAUCAGCGGCUUCUCAGCAGGCACAGCAGGCCAGUUCAGGCUCAGCACAAAAUAAAUCAGGGGGCAGUCAAGAAAAGGCCACGCGGACUCUACCACUGCAGAAGAAAGAUAAUGGCAUCAAGGAGUCUCCAGAGGGCAGCACAAUGGAUGAGGAUGAUCUUAGAGUGCGGAAGCAAGAUAUCAUCAAGAUGACAGAAUCUCUUCUAGAGGCAAUUAAUGUAGGCGACUUUGAAUCAUACACCAAACUAUGCGAUCCACAUAUGACUUGUUUUGAACCAGAGGCCAAUGGAUUUCUCAUAGAAGGAACUGAUUUCCACAAGUUUUAUUUUGACACAUUGUGGAAUAAGAACAGUCGAAACCGGAAUGUGACCAUCUUACAUCCUAGAGUACAUCUCCUAGGUGAUGAUUCAGCAGCAAUUGCUUACGUCAGGCUUACACAGUUUAUUGACAAGGCCGGUAAUCCGGUGACACACCAAUCAGAAGAGACACGAUUAUGGCACCGCCGUGACGGCAAGUGGGUCGUAAUUCACUUUCACAGGACAGGCCAACCUAGCAUGAGUAUGGGUAGCAAGUAACCCUGAAAGGCAACCUAGGACCCUCUCAAGACUGGCUAGAGAAAUGGAGGCGGAGGACUGUUGUCACAUGACUUACCAAAUAAAACAAAUAAUUUUUGAGAAAAAAAUAACAAGUAUUGAAAUCCGCCUCUUUGAGAGAGUGCAUAGAAGCAACGCUUUAUUUUGUUGAGAUCUGAUAGAACGUGGUUAUAUACUUCUCUCUUUCCUUCUAUGUGUGUGUCUGGUAGGGCGCCCUCUAUUGGAGAGCAGGGUGAUAGGGAUCCACCAAGGUAUUGAUGGUUUGAUUUGAAGAGCCAGCAUCAGGAAAUGUUUUAACAUGAACAAGCUAGAGGGUAACUGAACUUUCAUCUGAUGAGAAAUGAUUUAGGGGGAUCUGAGCAUAAUGCUCUUAAUGGCUUGAACGAAUGUUGACACAGAGAAAGAGAAAGAAACAGUUUAUCCUCAGUUUGAGUUUUUAAGAUUUAAAGUGAUUUGCCUUAAAUGAUGCAAAGAACUGAUUGAUGAUGAGAUGAGGUGUUGAUUAUUACACCAAGGUUUAGUGUUAUCAAUGAGCCAUUGUUCAGAAUAAACACCGUGGCAUCGUUAAUGCACUAAAAAGUGUCAACUGGUGUUUGAAGAAAACAUGGUGUUAAAGAUACACCUUAACAUUGAUAUAGACUUUCAGCAUAUGCUGUUUAGUCUGGUGGUUGAGGACCAUGUUUGUUGGACGGGAUUCCAAAAUGCCUCCUAACUUUUGAUUUAUUUACCACAGUGGUCGGUGGAGAGAGAUGAUAUUUGCUCAAAUAUAGAAGGUUGAUGCCUGUCUAAAUAGAUGGUGUUGUAGGGUUACUUGGUGGAAUUUUGAUUGGUUUAAAGGUUGCUGAUAUUCCACUAUGUGUUUUGAUGCUGAGAGAAAUAAACAAGAACCAAAUCUCAGGUUUGUAGUAAGAGCUGUUUGUUUUGAUGACAUGAUUUUGAUGAAUAACCGACCCACUGUGGAAUUAUGGGUAAUAAUACGAUUGACAUGGUUUAUUACCUAAUGGAAGGCUUGUGAGGGAAAAUUGAAUAUAUUCUGGGGAAAAAACUGUUAUUUGGUUGAAUUUAGUAUCCAUGUGUUUGUCAAAAGAGAUGUGUGUAUGUUUGUGAAUAAUAUUGAUGCUUUUUUGUAUAGUAUUAGUUAUAAUUCCUGUCUAUUAUGUAAAGGGUAUAUUAAUGAGCGUAGUCCUCUUGUAAAGGGGCAAACCUCCAGAGUUUUGUUUUUAUGUUAAUGACCUCUUAAGGCAUGAAAAUUGCAACUCUUUUCUCCUACCAUCUCUUGGUCAGUAACAUGAACAAAAACAUUUGUUGGAAAUCACUUUUAGAUAUCCACGUUGAAUUAAAUGUGUACUCUGUGUAGAUAAAGACUAUAUACUGUAUAAUCUGUUUAUUCUAGGUAACCUUUUCAAGAAUUUAUGUAUGCGACUUAUUCAGAAGAAUUCUGGUAAUAUCUUCGGGAUAUCCCUAUUACGUUGGUAAUGAUGUCCUAGAUUGUUUUGUUCCAGAUUGGUUUUGUUAUUAUUGUGGCACCUCGAUUUCCAUCCUCCGUUGAAAAAUCUCCGGUUAACGACCAAUCUCUGCUACAUUUGCAAGAAACUCUUCAUGGUUUUGUUUCAAGAUGCAUCUUUGUGAUUUCGAAGAUUUGUAGAUGGGAGACGCCCUCUUUUUUGUAUCCCAAGAACUCUAAGCUUUUGAGAUGUUUUUCCAGUGUGUGAUUCAAUGUUUGAAACCUCACUUUAUUUCUAUCUCACUCCAUAUAAAUUUCACAUUUUCUUAACAGUUGCAAUUCAGUGAAGAAGCAAAUCAUGUGUAUAAAGGGUAUUCUUGACAAUUUUGAUGUUGAAGAACGCUUGGUUGAAUCACAUAAAAUUGAAUUGAAUUACAGAUCUGGUUUGAAGAGGAAGGAAAUUGAAGUGGAAGUUUCAAUUUCUUCAUGUCUAAUAUAAAAUUUGUAAUGAUAUUUUGGACAAUCUGACUUGUAACAGUAAAUGAAGGUUUGUUAUGGCAUUGAUCUUUAUGAUCCCAAAGAAUAAUAUGUCCUUUAUAGCAAUCUAACAGAAAACAGUAUUGGACAUAUUAUCUUGUCGACAUUUCAACGUGCCAUGGAAUACUGACUCAACUUUUUAAAAAUGGUUGUGAACUUGAAACUGCUUUGAGAUGGAUGUUUUCUUUUUGUCAAGUCUGUUUUCUAUAUUCACUGUUAGUUUUGGUUAUCCCUGAGUUAGAUUUUUAUCACACUCAUUGUCAAGCCAAUCUCUCAGGCAUAUGCAGGUCGGUUUGUGUAUUCUCUAUUUAAAUCCUUGGAUGAGAUCUUCUUCUUUGAGAUACCAAACCCUCAUUUGAAACCUCAAUAAAUAUUAAUUGUGAAACAUGGAUUGCCUUUUUGAUGUCAUCAUCAAAACCACCAUAUCCUUCAUCCAUUGUGUUUGUUGAAAAAUGUAAUGUCAAUAUCCUUUCAUCCUUGCCAUACUGAUUUAAUCAGUCCAUUAAAAAUCUGCCAUUAGAAUGCUGGAAUUCAAGAUGCAUACUUACAGACAUUUUUGGAGCUAAACCACCUGCCUAUUGUACUUGAAUCUUGUUAUACUCAAAAAGUAUUCUUGAUUCUGAAUUCUCAAAUCAUACUCUUGCUGUAUUCAGUCACGGAAUGAGGACUAUCUAACUCUCAUAUGCUUGAAAGAUAUGCCUACAUGUUGCCAAAGACUUCAAUAGUAUUUGACUUUUGAAACCCCUGUUGUGUUAAAAUCAACCCUCCGCCCGCGGUAGUAGCAACUCUUUUCAAGUCAUGUCAAGAUUCACUACCAUUAAUGCUUUUGUUGCAAACUUGGUUGACAUGUCAUCAAUUCUGUAUCAUCUGUCAGAUAUUUGAAAGAUUGAUGUAGAAUUCUUUGAUUCUUGACUGUUAGGGAUAAAUGGCUACAUAAUGCAAAUUCUAACCAACUGUUUUUACUUUCCUUCUGUAAAAGCAAAUAAAGCAUACCCAGUCAUGUUCGUGGAACUGUUUCCUGCUGUACAUGAACCUCUUUGUAUGUUAAAUUGUCCUUUCAGUUUAGCUCAUGUAAAUUGGAAUGAUGAAUAUGCCACUUUGCAGACCAAAAGAAAGGACGUACAAGCACUUGUUGAUUUCUUUCAUUCAUACAUGUAAGUGCAAUAGCUGUCAAAGUUGAUUGUUGUGCAAAAAGACUGUUAUAUGAGAAGAUGCAAUUAGGAGUUUGAUGAAGAAAUACAACCCACCGGAGAAAGAAAGAGAACAUAUGAUUUUUUUGUUAUCUGUUCCCAACCAUCUGUAUUCCCUUUUAGGAUGAGUUGAAAUCCUCCAAAUAUACUGUUCUUUUAUCGAAACUGUCACCAUGGACUCAUUUCUCUGUGAUUGUCCACCCGAAACCCAAGUUAUUUCUCUUGUAAAAGAAACAAUACUUUGUCAACAAUUACAGCUUUUUCUAAGCUGGAUUUGUGCCUUUUUUUAAACGUGUCGGAAAGUUUGAAAUAAAACAGGACUUUAAUAGAUUUUAGUAGUUGUAUUACUGUCUGUACACAUAGUUGGGCAUAGGAUUGCAUGGUGGGAAAGAUUUGAAGUAAAGAUAGAUCUUAAAUAUGCAAUGUAAAAUGGGACAUUUAUACGUUCUCUCCGUCUAUCUGACGAUGGUGUCUAUAUGGGAACGAAGAAUUUUUUUUCUUCAUUUUUAUUGAUGUUGAUGUAUGGUAUAUGUAUAUGAGUAAAUAUAUGUUAACACUGUAAAGAUUCAAUUGAAAGUUGAUAAGCGAGAGGGAAACGGGAUGAGACUGAUUGCUCAAGGAGCGAUCUCUUCAACAGAUCUUGUAGGAAUUCAAUCAUGUCAAACAAAAUUGAUCGUCGCCAGACAUACAUGUAAAACUGCAAAAUAAGCAACAAAAAGGUGAAUAUACAUAUUUAUUCAAGAUUUUGUGAUAUAUCUUAGGUAAUUCAAGGUAGAAUUUUUACCUUGGCUGCACUAAUAACUGGUUAUAAGCAAUUUUAAUCACUGAUAAGUAGAUUAGUAUUAUGAUAUAUAUAAUGUAUCCUAAGCAUGAACUGAUGAUAUGGUUAUUAUUAUGUUUGAUAUUGAUUCCCCUUUCAGACAAUGCAUUUUCUUUUUCUAUUCAUGAAAAAUGUAUGAUUUAUAGAUGUCUUUUUCCUUCUUUUUUUCAGAUGAACUUUUCUUUGCAAUUAGAUAAAUUUAUAUUAUUGAUAUUAUCAUUAUUGUUUGGUGUACCAAUGUUUAAUAUAUAUUGCUAGCUCCUAAAUAUAUGUGCAUAUUUGUCAUGGAAUAUAUAAAAUCUCUCUUCUUUUUUGUUGAAAAGCAAUGUAACUAGUGUUAAUAUUGAUUUUUCUAAUGAGUAUAUCUAGCAAAUCAUGUUAUUUGUAGAAGUAGUGUAUUUUUCAUAUUCACUAGAGUGAAUAUUUCUUGUUCCAUUUUUUCAAGUCACUUUAUUAAAGAUUGCUGCAAAAAGUAAAAAAAAAAGGAGCAAAAACAAAAAAUAUUGAAAUGAACGGAUCUGCAGGAGCGGAAUCCAAUGAUGAGAUUACCUCUUUAUUUGUGUACCUUAACAUGUUGACUCUUGUACCCAUAGCAACCUCUAUAUAAACUCUGCACUGGGGGUAGAGGUAGCAGUAUGAGGGUUAAAGAAUCAGGUGUUUCAGAACACACACUAUAAACAGGUUGAUGCAUUACAACGAAACAAAAGACUUGUACAAUCUAUAUAUUACUCAUUGCAAUGUAAACUUCUUUCUGUUUUUUUUUCUUCUCUUCGGGAAUGUACAUAUUUUUCAAUUGCACAUAAAUGUAGAUGUUUUUGAGUGCAAGAAAGACUUACCUGAGGUGAGGUUCUCACUUAUGUAGUAGAGAUAAUAUGGUUAUUUGUAGUAGUAUUGUUGGGUGCAAAAGGUCAGAUCUGCCAUAUCGUCUGCUGGGGUGGCUGUUAUGGGGCAUCUUCCUUUCUACUAGUAAUUCAUGACUUGCUAAUAUCAUAUUUAGAUAAUCUCAUUUAAUCCCUUUGGACCCAAAUAAUCCUUGGAUUAGGCUCCAGGCUCAGAAGAAUUCUGUCCUUUCCUACUGUCAUUUCCCUUAUAUUUUUUCCUUGCAGAAUUAGGAAGAAUAGGAAUUGUUUUUUUUUAAAUCUCUAUAUACAACAUAAAUCAAAAUUUUGUUGGGGGUGAACUUGGAGUUCUUUUAAUCAUUAUCAGACUCAUAGUCAUUAUAAACAUUACUUUCUUGACUAUAAACCUUUUUUUAAUGUUGUCAGAGUCCUCAAGCAAUGAAAAUCAUUCCAGGUUUUGUUUUUAGUUGGGGAAAGAUACAUUCAGAGCCAUAGGCUUGCAUUCUGUACUCAGGUUUGAAUUAAACCCUGGUUUAAAGUUGUUGUUUAACUAUGGAGAGCCAAUAGAGGCACAAAUCCCUAACAGUACGCAUCCAAUUUAUACACUCAUUUGACACUCAAAUUGUUCAUAAUUGUCUAGGAAUGAUAACUGAAGUAUUUUUCCUCAUUAUGAAAGCAAAGGGAAACAAAAUAGUUAACAUUAAAAGAAAUACAAUACAAACAGGAUUUUUCAAAUUUUUGGCUCCCCACAAUUUUAGCAGUUAGACUGUGGUCUAAGUUAAACCUGACCUCAGAAUACGAGCCUUAGUAUUUUGUUCUAGAUUUUUACUUUUGAAAUAGAAAGAGCAAAAUAAUCUGCAUGUUAUCUAUCCUUUUUUUAAACCCUAUUGCAUUCAAUAUUAAGACUUUAUGAAAGGAAAAUGAGCUGUGAUAAUUGUAAAUUGGCAAUUCUCUAAUCAUCAAUUUUGCACCCCCCCCCCGUAUCUUUUGAUUUCAUUCCUAUCAUUUUGAAUUUAUUUUAAAUGACACAUACUAUCUCAUGAACUGGCAUUAAAGAAAUUGUGUGACUGUUGCCAAUUUAAUGAAAAUAUAUGAUCACCGUCAGUUGUGUAAUGGAUGCUUAUCCCUAAAUUGAUAAAGCUCAGUUUAAGAUAAAGGCCCAUGGCAGAUCUUAGACCCUCGGUUUCACAAAUACCAGAUAAGGAAGAUGUCCCCGAUUCCAAAAUUCAGACAUUCUGGAGUAAUAGCGCCCUCUAUAGUUUGGUAAUUCUCAUGUUCCAUUUAAUGGUAAUAGAUGGCAGAGUAUUAUACUAAAUCUAGAAGUGAUACAUAUAUACUAUUUUUACUUGCUGUGUGUCUAAGAGACGUGUAUAAGAGCACAACUGAAAUAUAUUCAACCCCUUUUUAGUUUACGGAUAUUAUUUUGAACAUUUCAAAGCCAGAAGAAUUCCAUUAAAUACCCAUUUUUCAUUCAUUUUUGGAAAUAUUUCAUGAAAACAAAAUGCUGCUGGAGAGUGAGUAAAUACAAAUUAAAGAGAAAAAUUAGAACAAAUGACAUGAAAUUAGUUAAUUAAUAUUGACUCAUUAAAAAACAUGUAGCAAUUGUACAGACCAUGUAUUCAUCGCAUUAGAAUGAAGGGGCAUUUUUUAUUGAUUUUGAAACUCGGUGAGAAAAAAACAGGAUAGAAAUAUGUCAGAAAUAUUUAAAGAAUCCAAGCAGGGGUGAAGAAGAAUUAAAAGCUGUCAUGAAGUAGAAUGCUCAGUCUCAAGGUGAAUGAAUAAACUCACUACUGAUAGAGACUUCUCACAAGUCAUUUUCAAUCUUGUUUUUAUUCUUAUCGAUGUACGAAUUGAUUUCCUUUGUUUUCUGAGUACAGCAGCAAGGUAUAGUAAGCACCCAUUGAUCUCUGAUUGAGUAGUUAGGAGCCAUUUAUUGAAUAUACAUGGAAAUAAAUGUGCAAUUUGACUACA